GAGACAGAGCGAGUAUAGUGGAGAGAGAGAGCGGGGCAGCGGGCUGGCUGGCGGGGUGUUGUGGUGGAGCUGAGCGGUGGAUAUGAGCUCCUCGGAGCGCGGAGCUGCUUUGUGAUCGAUGCGCGGGUGGAGGAGCUGUGUUUACCCGGACUGAGAGUAUAAUCCGCAGGUCCUCAGCCAUGCUGAGUUUUCUCCGGCGCACUCUGGGCCGGCGCUCGGCCCGCAAGGCCGCAGAGAGAGCGCGGCUGAGGGAGGCUCAGAGAGCCAGCACGCACAUCCCAGCGGCUGGAGACACCAAAAACAUCAUCACCUGCAGAGUGUCCCUGCUGGACGGGACGGAUGUUAGCGUGGACUUACCGAAAAAAGCCAAAGGCGAGGAGCUGUUCGAUCAGAUCAUGUAUCAUCUGGACAUCGUGGAGAAGGAUUACUUUGGCCUGCGCUUCAUGGACUCUGCUCAAGUGCCGCACUGGCUGGACGUCACGAAAAGCAUCAAAAAGCAAGUAAAAAUCGGACCCCCGUACUGCCUCCAUAUGCGUGUGAAGUUCUACUCUUCAGAGCCCAACAACCUGCAUGAGGAGUUAACCAGAUACCUGUUCGUACUGCAGCUGAAGCAGGACAUCCUCAGUGGAAAGUUAGAGUGCGCGUUUGACACGGCGGUGGAGCUGGCAGCCUUUUCUCUGCAGGCUGAACUGGGUGACUACGACCCUGCGGAGCACGCCCUUGACCUGGUGUCGGAGUUCCGCUUCGUGCCGGAGCAGACGGAGGAGGUGGAGCUGGCCAUCUACAACGCCUGGAAGGAGUGCAGGGGCCAGUCUCCUGCCCAGGCCGAGAUCAACUACCUAAACAAAGCCAAGUGGCUGGAAAUGUAUGGAGUGGACAUGCACAUGGUCAAGGCACGAGACGGAAAUGAGUACAGUUUAGGACUGACCCCCACCGGAGUGCUCGUGUUUGAGGGGGAGACUAAGAUCGGGCUGUUCUUUUGGCCCAAGAUCACACGGCUAGACUUCAAGAAGAGCAAGCUGACCCUGGUGGUGGUGGAGGAUGAUGAACAGGGGAAAGAGCAGGAGCACACGUUUGUCUUCCGCAUGGAUCACCCGAAGGCCUGUAAGCACCUGUGGAAAUGUGCCGUGGAGCACCACGCCUUCUUCCGGCUGCGAGGCCCCGUCCAGAACAGCUCUGCUCGCUCUGGAUUCAUCCGCAUGGGCUCUCGCUUCAGAUACAGUGGAAAGACUGAGUACCAAACCACAAAGGCUAAUAAAGCUCGGCGGUCGGCUUCCUUUGAGAGGCGGCCCAGUCGCCGCUACUCCAGGAGAACCAUGCAGAACCGAGGUCCAUUCAAGUCCUCAGAGGCACACAAUAAUGGAGUGAGCCCCAGUAAAGAGACCAAGCCUGUCCACUCUCGUCCUCCAUGGUCUGCGGUACCUGCCAGCGCCCUGCCCUCAUCCCAAAGUGCUGUGGAAAUCGAAACUCUCCCCAGGAGCCCCGGCGGCAGCCAAUCAGAGAAGAGAAGCAUGGCCGCCGCGGCCGGCCUGCUCGAGACGUGCGUGGACGAGGUCAUCCUGGUGCCCGUUCCCAUAGCAACGGCGGGUUUGGAGGAGGAGCUGUGCCCUGGUGCCGCUCACCCUUCACGAAGUGCAGCUGCUGAGGAGAACCUGACACUUACAGAAGCUGCAGCUCGGCUGAAGCAGCUGGAGAUCGAGAGUGCGCCGGUUUCUGCUUCUCGCUCCAACAUCAACCUCAACAUGAACAACCAGGAGGAUGUGCUGAAGCUUACAGAUAAGUGUCUGAGCAGCGUGGGCAGCAGUCCAGCGCUGAGUCAGCUGACCGCUCCAGAUGAGCUCAAGAGCAACAUCCUGAAAGCCCAGGCAGAGGCUGCACUCAGGGGUGUGAAAGAGGAGGCAGGAGCAACUGGAGAAAAGAACUGUAACCUGCAGGAAGCAGCAGCCAGGCUGAAGGGACGUGGUGGGCGGAUGGGCAGCACCUCCUCUCUGACGGUGAGCGGCUUUGCAGAGCGGCAGGAGCCCAGGGAGGCUCUAAAGCAGCCUGUCCUGCAGCCGUCCAGCAGCCUUGAAGUGAAAGGGGACGAGUUUGCUUCUUCUGUGGCCAGCUUACCAGUAGAGCCAGUGAAUGAAGCCCAUCCAGCCAAGGGCAAAGCUGAGGAGCAGGAGGCACAUGCGCCCCCCCAGAGUGAAAACCUGAUAGACUUCACAGAUCCCACCCCAGUACUCCCGCAGGUGCAGCCGCCCAAGCCCAUCAUCACCCCGCGGUGGAUCAUUCCAGCAGCUACACAGACCGGCACCUUUACUAACGGCCUCCUAGAGCAUGAUUCUGCAGCAAAGAUGACCCCUCACCAUCCUGAAGGGGGCGCUCUUGCCUCCCUCCCUCAUCUCUCUCACACUCAUAAUGUGAUUGCCACCAGCAUUGUGGCUCACCCACCCAAGGAAGACAACAACAAGCCCAAGGGCCUGCUGACCACUGAGCUCUGAGGACACUACAUUCCAGCUUAGGGCAUUCCUGCACUCAGAGGGACGUGAAGCACCAGGCGCAGUAGACAUGAUGUUACCAGCUGGACUCUGGAACACUGUGGAUCCACCUUUUAGUGCUUGCUGGCUUUGCGUGGUGCCUUUAAGCCCUGGCCCUGGAUCUGCCUCGCUAGGACCAACCUCUGGACUGAACACUGUUGAGAUUUUGGCAUUUGAGGAUUUGGAGAAUUUGGGAUUUUGGGAUUUUGGGUGGCUGCAGCUGUUCUGGGGUCAGCAGAGUUGGAAGAAGGCCUUCCGUUUGGUCGUUGGGGGAAACUCUUGACUCUUGUCCGAUGAGGCGAACUUACAGGUGCUGCUCUGCCACCUGCUGUGCUGUUCUCAAACUUCAUGUAGUUUAGAUCACUGUGAAAAAGAGCCACCUUUGCUGGAUCACUACAGACCAUCUACCAACACUGGAGAUAUUAAUUUAUAGAACUGACUUAGUCCUUUCUAUACCUUUUUAUUUUUUAUUUUUUUUGCUUUCUUUUAUCUUAUUUACCUUAAAUAGAAAUCAGUAUUAAGCUUUUAAGUACAAUAUUCCAUUAGAGGACCACCUUAUUAUGUAGCACUGGAACGACAUGCAGUCAUUGAGCCAUUUAAAUUGUUUGAUUGUUUUAUCGAUGCUGUUUUUAUCUUCGUCAGAGCUGUAGCUGCAUUAUGACCUGCCUUAUUUUAUCAGUUCAUAAUUGUAAAGUCUAGAAUCCUCCGCAGUAAGUUGUCACUCUUUUUGCAUUGUUGCAUUGUUGCAUUGUUCACUGGAUUUUCAAUAGCGGUGCAUGAUGAUGAUGAUGAUGAUAAUCGUUACGUAGUCUCAACACUGUCUGAAAGCUGACCACCUGGAGCAGUGAGACCCAGGGGCAGCACUGAAUACACUGAUUACACACACACACACACACAGUCUGUCUGCAGUUACCUCUACACAGCCCUCAGAGCUGGUAAAACCUUUCUUUAUAUACUCUGUUAGCAUGUGUUGCUAUCUGUGUAGAACUGUAGCAACAUCUGUAGCAACACUGGUUCCUCAACCAGCAGCUGGACAUCUCUGUAAAUACAGAAUACAGUAAAUAAAAAGAACUCUUGAUAUUAAAAAGGAACAUUUCUGGUGUUUUCCAACCUGAUCUCUUAUCUGCUGUGUUUGUAUUGUGUUGCUGUUUAGCUCAGACCGUUAUUUCCACAUUUUCCUCUUCUGGGAAAUGGACAGAAAACACAAACACAAAACUGAUAGUAGACAUGAUUAAUUGGCAGAAAAUAAGAUAAAAAUAUUUAAUGACUCCAGAAAUUUGGAAUAUUACAAUCUAUAAAACAGGAUGAAACUAAUUUUAUUAGGCAAUAUUGAGAAAUAUAGAGAAAUUAACCAUCUAUGGCACUAUAAUCACUUUUUCAUAUUUGAAAGACAGUUUUAAAGCAUCUAAAGGCUCUUUUGUUUUCAUUUACCUCCUAAAACAGGGAUCUUUAAUUAUUUUUUUUAUUUGAAUUAUGCUGGUAGAUCACAGGGCAGUGAUGCUAAAGCAGUGAGUGCUUCUUGUUGUUUUUGAGUGAUACAUGAACAGAAGCACAAAAAUACAAGCUCAUAAAAAUGUGGGAUAAUUUUUUUUUAUAUAAAAAAGCUAUAGAGGGUUAGCUUUGAUUUGUUUUCAAAUAUGAGCGAUUCUCAAAUACUAGAUUAUUAAAUUUAAACACAAUUUAAAGUGACGUGCAGGCAAUUGUUUCCUUUACAUUUCAUUUCUAAGUUUGUUUAAAGGAAUAUUAACCAGCCCCCUUUAACUUUACACACAGCUUUUAUAUUUAACACGAUGCAAGUAUGAUGUCAAAUUUGUAAAAUAUGCCACGUGAAACAGUAAAAAUAUGAAAAUAUUAAAAAUACAUUUUUUUUUUUGCAUAGGAAACAUUAUGCCCCUAUCUCUAGCAUUGUGAGCCUGUUGUGAGCUUCGGCUGAAAGUGCUGUAUUUUGGGAUGCUGGUGGUGAACUGAGUUGGACUAUUUGACAAAAGUUCAUAUUCAUAAUCGUGUUUCACUACACCCCAAGUCCAUUUUACACAGAAUUUCCCCUUUAAACAACAUAAUCUACAAAACAAUGCUUAUCUAACAUAUUAACUUGUGUUAGUUAAUUUCAGGAGCUACCAAUUGACCUCUAUUAUCAGUGUGUUUCAAGUAUUUUCCAGGUUCUUUUGAAAUAGUUUGAAAGGAUGCACCAAAUGUUUAACAACCAAAAUUAAUUGAAUCAAAAUGGCAAAAUUUUUGUUUGUUCUGAUAAGUAAAAAAAAACAAAAAACAAUAAUUUAUACAGGGCAGUGAUAUUUUUUUUUAAAACCAAAACAGAAAUGCAUUUAGGCUUUCUAAUUUAUGCAUUGUUGAAAAAGUUGCUAAACUCUAUGAAAACCCUUAAAAACUUAUAUGAUAUGAGCUUUCAUUCAAUGUAAAAUUUAGUUUGAUUUCAGACAAAUAAUGAAUGUUGGUGCAUCUCUGUUCUUUCUCAUUGUAAAAUGCACAGCACAGUAUCGAUGCAGCCGAUGGAGCUCAUGUUCAGACCCAGUGAAGUCGUGCUGGAGAAGAGAGCUUGCUAAAUAAUCUUCAUUGAUUUUCUGGAGUCGUGUUUUAGCUGAGAGAUUUUAUAUCAGUCACCUCAUCAGUUCUGUUUCAGCAGUGCGAGAUCACCAGUACUGUCAGUGUUUCUGAAGCUGUCCAGCUUUUAAUUUAUUCCUCAUCUCUUCCUCUGUUUUUUAUGAGCACUCUGUUUCACUUCCUGUAGUUUGCUGUAGAGGUCACUAAUGACACGUGUAGAGGUCUGUACGUGUUCACCAGCUGAAGAACUCUGAGUAGUACGGCUUCAGUCGUUUUGUAUGAUGUAGGAUGUUCUUUAAGUAAAGAUGUAUUUUAACAGUA